UCCAUUCAUACGGCACAUCAGCCAGGCAGACCGAGUCGCACUGGUCCCUGCGGCUUCCCUGUGCUGGCCCCGCGAGCAGAUGCUGACAGCUGGAGGGGCACACCGCGCCGUCGAUGCCAUCCCUCCCAUUCUCUGCUGAGCUUUGCUCAAGCCUGCUGGUCGCCUGUUUAUUUCAAGAGCGGAUGCCUUUUCCCCAUCCUUUCCUCUCCUUGCCUUCAACUAGAUGCAUUGAAUGUAAGCCUCGGAACGGCGGACAGGAGUGAUCGGUGCACGUAUGUGUGUUCGGGAUGAAGGCUGCUCUCCGUCUUUGAGGCUGCGCUUAUCUAUGGCUAGAAGUGCACAAUCUCACCAUGGAAUUCAGCUCGUCGUCCGUUUUCGAUCAGCACAAAGACGCGGCGGAGGAGGUUGACCUCAACGUGGUCUAUCAGGCGGCCGCCAACGGAGACGUCAACACUUUGACGGCUGUCAUCCGCGAGGACCCCUCCAUUUUGGAAUGCUGUGAUGGCGAAGGCUCCACGCCACUGAUGCACGCAGUCUCAGGCCGGCAGGUGGACACGGUGAAACUCUUACUGAAGAUGGGAGCAUCCAUUAACACUCAGGACGCGUGCGGAAGGACCUCCCUCUCUCUGGCAACAUACUUGGGGUGGCUUGAGGGCUGUGUUUGCCUUCUCCGGAACGGUGCGAAGCAAAACAUCCCCGACAAAAACGGACGGCUUCCCCUCCAUGCUGCCACCGCUGAGACCGACCUCAGGCUCAUGGCUGUUCUACUACAGCAAUCAACACUGUGCGAAAUAAACCACCAGGACAAUGAGGGAAUGACGGCUCUGCACUGGGCGUCCUUCCACAAUCGGCCCCAACAUGUACAGGCCCUCUUACAGAAGGGUGCAGACCCCACGCUUGUGGACAAAGACUUCAAGACUGCCCUGCACUGGGCUGUCCAGAGUGGGAGCAGGUACAUGUGCUCGUUGAUCCUGGAUCUCCACCUGGGGGCAUCAGUCAUCAACUACGACGACGAGAACGGCAAGACCUGCAUGCAUAUCGCCGCCGCUGCCGGCUUCAGUGACAUCAUCUAUGAGCUGGCCGCCGUCCCCGACACCAACCUGCAGGCUCUCGACGUCGAUGAGAGAACCCCCCUGCACUGGGCCGCUGCAGCAGGGAAGGCUGACUGUGUCCAGGCUCUGCUACAGCUGGGCGUGGAGCCUGACCCCCGGGACAUAAACGAGAACACCCCCCUUACGUACGCUAUGUACUGUGGACACACGGCAUGCAUCAAGCUCCUCACAGCUGACAGCAGAUCUGAGGCAGCCAGAAAGUUGCACCCCCUGAAGAGCGACCAGUGUCAGAAGAAGGAAGGGAAAUUCAGCAUGUUCAACCAGAUUUUCUCCUGCAAGAAGCGGAAGGAGCCUCAACUAGGGAGGCAGAGGGAGAAGAACAGAGAUCACUGCAUGAAAGAGGAAACCUCGGAGGUGGAUGACAUCAUCACCAUGUUCGACUCCAUCAUGGACUCAUCUGCGAAGGAGCAGCCAGAGACAAGCUCAGAUGCCAGAAAAAGAUCCAGUGACACUCACAAGCUUCAUCUUUUGGAGGAUCGAAUGGGGAAGGAGUACAAGGGCCUUCCUCCAAUAAGAACUCAAAGUCUUCCACCCAUCACUCUGGGAAACUCUUUGUUGGCCGGCUCCAAGAGCGCUGUAGAAGGCAGCCGAGCAGGGCAGAUGGCUCACCACUUUGCCCACAGGUCUCAAAAAAGCAGAAGUGAGCAUGACCUCUUUGACAACAGGCCAAAAGGACAGGCACGGCCCAGUGAUUCAUGGAAAUCGGAGUCCAGUCAGAUACUGUCACACAAAGCAUGGACUGCCCCGCCUUCAGAUAAGCUGCUGGCUGGAUUACUACAGGAGAAGCCCAGUGGCCUGGAUGUGCACAAAUGCUGCAACCAAAUGCCAUAUGUGCAGAAAAAUGAACAAGCUCCGAAUAUGCACUUACUUCCCCUGGAUAGGCUGAAGCUGAGGGACACAGCUGUCACACGGAACAGCCUGGCUCCCAUACGCGACCACUGCACGCACAGGUUUUCCCUGCCUCCUGACCAAGUGUCCCAGGGUGUGAAGAAAUCCAGAUCCAUGCCUCUGAAUUCCCUGAGCCGGAGCACAGCUGCCCCCCCCGUCCCCGCGGCUGGAAGGUCCCUCCGGAUCGGCAUGCCUCAGAGCCAGUCACUCUGCUCCUUCUUGCCCAUCCAGACAGGAGACCUCCUACGCAGCGUCCACGUCUUGCCUGCCAUCCCGUCCCGGAGGAAACGCACCUCAUCCCCUUCUGAACCCCAAAGAGUGGACAAAACCUGAAGCCUCUCCGCCGCCUCGGGCUGGCGGUGGUGUGAGGGCUGAUGGGUAAUUAAUCAGACCCACGGCUGUGUCUCCUAUCAAUGCAAUGCAGGAUUUAAAGAUAUGCUGCACACAAGCCAUGAGCAUCAUAGUAAGAAGCUGUUCCCCUGCACACCCACGUUCCUUCACUGUCAUUUAUAUAUUAACUAGAUUUUAUUGACUCAGAAAGGGUUUCUGUCUUUGAAUAUUCCAGUCUUUACUAAUUAUGCCAAAUUUCCCGCUGCAAAACUUAUCUUAGUUUAUUUAAAUAUCCUAUUUUUGCAGAUUUUUAACAUGGUGAUAUUCCAUGUCCAAAGGCACGUACUGUUUACAGUUUAAUUUCUUUCACUUCCUGUAUUUAAGUUUCUUUAAGGUGUUUUGUGGAUUUUAUGUAAGAAUCAAUAAAAUGUAAAACAUUUUAGAAUCUGAAUUUUCACACCUCAAAAAAAAAAUCACUUUUUUAGCACAAAAAUGUGAAAUUUGACUACAAAGACACUGGACUAUAAAAGUCCCACUGGCAGUCAAAUUCAGUAGAUGAUCAAAGUUAAACUUGAAUUAGAUGUUUCUUGUUAAAUAAACCAAGUGAAAAGGUUCUUUAAAAAACUUAAAAGCUAUAUGUAAGUUUUUCUAUGUUAAACACAAAAAGUUCAUUCAUUAAAGAAAAAAUUAAA